GUGCAUCGAUCCUCUCCCGAAUCACUCCAUCCUCGUCGUUUCCGCGUGCUGUCGUGUCGGGGUCUCGCGUUGCCGGGGCCGACGAGUGCGGGCGGUGCGCCGUUCGAUCGUCGAUUCGUGCGCGCACGUGCGUCCCUCGCGUGCGAACGCGUACCGCUGCCGCCGCCAGCGAGCGGCAUUUUCGUGCGCGGGAAUCUCGAUCGCCAUCCUGGCCGAUCUCUUCGAGGCGUCACGAGGUAGGACUCGCGAAUCCGGUGGAAUUCGGUGGAACCUGGAUCCCGAUCGUCGCCGCGGCGCCGGGACGUGCGACAGCCGACACGUCCGGCAAGAUAUUCGAUAAAGGUGAAAAAUGGUGAAACUGAACACAGAUGUUCAUCCAAGUUUAUCGGAGACUGUAACGGAGAAUUUGCGGCGGAGAAACAUUGUCACAAUCGUGGAUUUUAUCUCAACGAAUCCAAUUAAAUUGACGAAUAUCACCGGUCUUUUGCAUACAAAUGUGUUGCAAAUGAAGCACUGUAUAUUGAAGAAAUUCGGUGGCGUAAAAAAGAAUGCAACGCAACACCUUGCGAUAGAACGUAAUGUAAUUCUGACCAGCGUAACGUGUUUGGACGAAUUGCUGAGAGGUGGCUUAUAUCCCGGACAGUUAUGCGAAUUAUGUGGACCAAGGGCCUCCGGGAAGACUCAAUUAUGUUUCACAAUAGCAGCUAACGUCGCUAGCCAGUCGGGCGGCAUUGUGUGGUAUUUUGACACAAAGAAAGAUUUCUGCAGGUUGCGAUACGAGGGAAUUAUGAGAGCGAGAAAUUUCGAGCAAAAGAUUAUAAAAGAUGCGUUGCGCAGUACAAAAAUUUAUCAAGCGCGUUCCUCCCACGAAUUGAUACAAGCUUUACGACAAUCGGUAACUCUUUGUAAACAGGAGCAAAAUGAAGCAUCUUUUGAAGAAAGAAAGGUCCUCCUCGUGAUCAUCGAUUCUUUACCAGCAAUUAUUUUCAAGGUACCGCGAAAUGGGCAACAAAGUGAUAACGAGACAACUUACGAGCUUCAAGAUUUGGCCGAAGUAUGUCGAUUCCUCACGAUGGAGUACCAAGCAGUUGUAAUUACUGUGAAUUUACUCACUCAAUGGAAUUCUUCAGAACAAACGAAUGCUGCUGACAUAACACCGGCAUUGGGAAAAUAUUGGGCAAAUAUACCAGCCACGAGAUUGUUGAUAACAAGGCUACAUGGUGAAACUCGAAAAAUUAAUGUUUGGAAGGAUUUAAGAUUAAUUGAGAACUCGUCCUGUAUUGUAACUAUAAACGAUGUCGGAGUCACAUCGUAAUUAGCCGUGGUAAAUUAAUAUUUAAUUGUUACAUUAUGAAACCUUAUUUG